UCGGAGGAAAAGAUUGGCCUAUAUGGAUAUUCCUUAUUGGCAAAUACUUGCGGUGCUCAAGAUAUAGAUGAACGACAACAGAAAGUCAUCAUAAAGGGCCAUGAACAAAGGUGGACGUACAUAAGAAGCUUGAUCAGCAAUUUGGUAUUUCCAAAUCAACAGACCAAGUUUCUUAAGCAUCUAGCGAAGCUAUGUUAAGAAGAAGAAGAGCGGCCGAGCACAUUACACUACUUUUCUCGUCAAUCGUAACAUCUUUCGCAUAUCCCGUAGCACCCACAUCGUACAGCAACGGACAUUGCUGACGAAAUAUCGACUUCUGAACAAUCUAAUCCGUCCGUACAGAUCAUACGCCAUCUGCAAGCCGGAAGACUGUGUGAACGGCGACCCAUGAAAAAACCAUUCAUUUCCACAAAGAAUUGGAAGACACGAGUGGGCCAAAGCACACCUCAACUCAACUAGAUACCUCAACAAUGGUCUGAUGACUUCUAGAGCGACAAAAAUAAGUUCAUGUUGUUUGAUAAUGAUGGUAUAACAAUGAUUUAUCAUUCCAGAAGACGCCAGAUCAUUGCUGAGUUGUCUAGUUGAGGCUUUGGCUUGUGUGCUUUGACCCACUCCACUUGCGCCUUCCAAUUCUUUGCAGAAAUAAAUAGUUUCUUUACAGGUAGCCGUUCACACAGUCUUCCGGCCUGCAGACGACGGCGUAUGAUCUACGGACGGAUUAGAUUGUUCAGAAGUCGAUAUUUCGUCAGCAAUGUCCGGCGCCAUAUGAUAUGGGGUGCUACGGGAUAUGCGAAAGAUGUUGCGAUUGACGAGAAAAGUAGUGUAAUGUGGUCGGCUGCUCUUCUUCUUCUUAACAUAGCUUCGCUAGAUCUUUCAACGCUUAAGAAACUUGGUCUGUUGAUUUGGAAAUACCAAAAUGCAAUUUUUCUGUAAAGAAGAGUAUUACUUAUGGAUCCAUAAAUAAGAACCAAUCGCUCCGUGAAUAGGCUGCAUUCCGAAACCUAUUAAAAAGAAAGUGUUGCAACCUUUUAGUUGUUGACUGUACUUACUUUGGUUACACGUACAUGCGCAUUGCGCUGUGGGCACAGUAUAUAUUAUAUUUUAAAUUGGGUGUACCUGUUAUUACAUUUGCACUUGGUACAUGGCAAAUUAAGAGAUGGAGAUGGAAGCUGGAUCUAAUAGAAAAGCUAAAGCAACGUACUUCAGCAGAGCCAAUCGAUUUGCCAUCAGACCUAAAUGAAUUAAAAGAUAAAGAAUAUUAUCGUAUAAAAGUGAAGGGCAAAUUUUUAUAUGAAAAAGAAUUUUUGAUAGGACCUAGAAGCCUAAUUAUUAAUGGGGAAGCUGUUAGCGAAAAAGGUGGUGGAAUAUUUUCUCGCAAAACAAGUUCAGGAUAUUACGUGAUUACGCCUUUCAAACUGGAAGAUCGAGACUUGAUUAUUAUGGUAAAUCGUGGAUGGAUUCCUAGAUGUGAUCGCUCAACAUACAAAAUGGGAAAUAAGAUUAUAGACUCCAUAGAAAUUACCGGAAUUAUUAGAGCAACUGAAAAGCGACCUCCAUUUGUGCUCGAUAAUACACCUGCGAAAGGUGUAUGGCAUUACAGAGAUUUAAAUGCGAUGGCAAAGGUAGCAGAAGCAGAACCUGUAUACAUAGAAUUAUUGGCCGAGUACAAUAUACCUCAAGGUCCAAUCGGAGGCCAAACGAAAGUAACUUUAAGGGACGAACAUUUGAGUUAUAUAAUCACUUGGUACUCGUUGUCUGCCUGCACGAGCUACAUGUGGUUCCGACAGUUUAUACAGAAAUUACCUCUUAUUUAAAUGCAUUUAGAUAUUUAUAUACCUGCUAUAUAUA